AUGCCGAGUUCAUCAAGUGACGCUUAUUCGGAUCUCAUCAUCGCCGUUUCGUUCUCCAUAAUCAUUAAUGUCCAAGCCACCGCCUUCUCCAAGCGGCAUGAGUUCGGGGUUCUAAGGCUUCUGACCGGCAACAUGGAACCGCCCACAAAGAGGCCAAGGCUCGAUCAAAAGCCAAAAGAAGACGAAGAUGACGAGCUCAACUAUGAGCCCGAGGAGGUGUCUCAGAUGCGGGAUCCCGGCUUUCGCUUCGAACAAUCCCGUGCAUUUGCCGCCUUCAAACUGAAAUCGACCUUUGAGCACAUCUUUCAAAAGUAUGAAAAGGACUUCACAGGUAUCGGUGAUGAAAUCGACCUCAGGACCGGCAAGAUCAUUACAGAUAAUGGUCACUUGGCCGGCAUGAGAUAUGAGAGAGACACCGGAAUCCCAGAGGAUGACGAUGACGAAGACGAGGACGAGGGUGUACUCUUGGAGGAAGCAUUUGCAUCUGACGACGAUGAGGAGGAUGGUGGCUUAGGCGAAGAUGAUGGGGGCGAGGAUGGGAGCCCAGAUGCGUCAGACAACGAAGACGAUGAAGCAUCUCACCCAGGGGCCCUCAUAAGCAAGCAAAAGGGCGAACUACGGCAGCACCCAACCCGGCCGAGUGUCUCGCCAGGCGUAUCAACACCAGGAUCUGAUCAACGACUGUCCAGCUUUGCUCAACCGCGCCAGCCAGGACCCAGCACCUCGAAUCCGUCCUCAGAUGUUUGGGGACAUGAACCAGAACCUGUCGAUCCAACUUGGAGGGUCCCCGAGAUCAGCAAGCCCAAACUUGGCGACGACUUGAUGACAAAACUUUAUGGUGCCAGAUACCGCUUCCCCACCAGUCGAGGAUUCAAGUCUGUGUGGUCUUCGCGGCGCGAUACCGAUGAGGAGAAAGCAUUACCUGAGCCUGCUCAGAUCGACAUGAAGCAGCUCAUCCGCGCGAGGAACGAAGUCCCUAGGAUGGCGAGACCAAUGUCAACAAAGUUAUUACAGGCAUUCACCGACCAAGACGACGAUAACGAAGACGAUCUUCUUGGAGUUGCCGUUGUAGAUAAGGGGCUUAGGGCUGCGAAAAAGACAUCGGAUAAUACGGAUACCACCUUGGAGGAGGCAGUAGGCACCACUGUCAAAAACGAUGCACGAGAGCUUGAACCACCUACCGAAGCCAAACCAUCAAGUUCGAAACCCGCCAUAUCAAAAACCCUCUCGAGAGAGAUUGGCUGGCUCAAUCAGAAUAAAACUUCUGUGAAAGAAGGCCCAAGACCGAGAAGACAACUCAUCCCAGCCAAAGUUAUCAAACCAGGAGGAGUUUCUCAAGAGGCAGAAGCUACCAAGCCGAGUCAACCAACCGAAAAAGAAGCUCAAGACCAAUCGUUAGGAUUACCAACUGAAGUUGGAGUUGAAGCUGGAGCUGAAGCCGGAGUUGAGGUUGAGGGUGACCAGAACUCGACUAGUUUUGUGACCGAAAAGGAGUCGCAGGACAGGCCAAAGCACCGAUUCGUGAUCGAGUUGUUCUCCAAGAUUCCCUCCCCAGAGGAGAUCACAUUAGUCGAAGAUCCCGAGGAUAUGGAUAUCUUUGAGUCGGAUCACCAACAUGAGGCCCUGGCGCCCCAGCUUGCUAACCUGACCGUCUCCGAAACCACUUCGACAGCUCUUGUGACAGUGGGCGAUCCUGCGGCUGGCUCGGUCGAGACGGCUGUGCCUGUCAAAGCACCAACUGCGAACCCCGCUGAGCCGCCGAAGGAAACAUUCGUCAGGCAUAGAAUUGACUCCUCAUACGACUUCUCUGAUGACGAGGAAGGUAUUCCCACAACUCGCAUUAGAAAGCUUCGCAGCGGAAAGGAGAUGGAUACUAUUUCGGGUGCGGUUGAAGUGGCAGACCAUGCAAUAGAGGCCACGUCCGGGCCUUUGGAGAAGUUAUCGACAUUAGACGACCACCGGCCAUCUCGUGUGGAGUCCAAUGACGGACCGUUCACGACCAGCAAGAUGGCUUCGAUAGAACCUAGUGACAUCGACAUCGGAAUCUCUGAGCAGCAGGUCGAUGCGCUCGCAGAACUUAGCGAGGAACAGGGAAGUCUUCAAAUCGAAGAAGUUAGCGAGAGGCCCAUUGGGUCUGACAUGAACUUCACGAUCUUAUCAGCGGAAGUUCUCCCUGAAAUCAGUCCGAUAGAGGGACAUUCCUCCACAGAACCAACGAAUCCGGCUGGUGCAGAGGCUCCGUCGCAAAAUGAGGUCUUGGCGGCGCAGGAGCCUAAGAUUCAGGAGAGCUUAAAGCAGAAUCUCCAUACACCCGCCAACCAUAAUGUGCUUGGAGAAAUGAUCUUGGAGGAGGCUCAGGAGAUACAGGAGCAGAUUCAUGACGAUUUCCAGAAACAAUUUCAUGAAGAGAUCCAGGAGGAUAUCCAGGAGGAGAUCCAGAAAGAGAUUCAGGAAAACAUCAACGAGGAGAUCCAGGAGGGUACCGAUGAGCAAGUCCAAGAACAGGUCCAGGAGCAGGUCCAAGAGGAAGCUCAGGAUGGGACUCGGCAAGGCACUCAAAGUGAGCCCGAGGAACUCCAACAAAUGGGAGAAACACAGCAAGACGAUGACGAGGAAGUCAUCGAGCCCUUCACAAUCCCCCUCGGCCUCGACGACAUCGACGAAACAAGCGCGCCCGAAGCCGAACCCGAAUCCGAAGCAAUGGAGAUUGAGCUUCCCAUUCUCCCACCACAAUCAAGAGGAAGCCUCCUCGGGCCGCCUCUUCGAAGAGGUCGUCCGUCAUCACCGACAAAGUCCUCGGGAGCCGUCGACAAAACAGCCACAUCGCCCUUCAAACACAUGCGUCUCCAAUCCAGCAGUCCUCUAAAGAAGUACUCCGUUAGCAAAUCGUCAGCCAAGACUAGAAAGGCCGCCAGGCCCCGCGCGUCCGCCAGCUCAGAGCGUCGAACAAAGCCGAGAAGCCACAAGUCUGCAUCAUCAACACUCGCAAAGUCGGAAUCCCUUACACCCCCACCCUUCUCUGACCCCUCGCCAAAUUUCACACAGAACCAAAAGGUCGUCCCCAGCACACCAUCCUCAUCGUCGAGACACCACCAACCCCGAACCACGCGCGACUCGGCCUCCAGAAACUCCUUCAUCUCCCUCCUCUCCGACGACGAAGACGAACUCACCCUAGACCUCUUCAAAACCCACACAGCGGCCUCGGGCGGCGGCUCAUCGGCCGAACGUAGACGCACAUCCUACACCUCGGACCUCCUUGCCGGACCGCACACCAAGAUCACGACGCCCAUGAAGCAGAGAAGCCCGCUCGUUCGCGGGAGCGGGAAUACGGGUGCAGCAGGUGCGACCACUACAGGCACAGAGACUGCCAGAGGCAAGAAGCGUAAGGCGGCGUGGGCGUUUGCCACGCCCACGCGAGUUCACUUUGGCAGCCCGUCAGGCUCACUUGUCCAAACGCCCGGCGGGAAUAUGAGGCGCUGUGGUGAGGAUGGAUUUCGAUGCGACAGAGACUUCUGCUUCACUUGCCUGUAG